AAACUGAAUUGAUACUUUUGCUUCCGAGUAAGUUGACCUUUCCUUCCCCUGAAGUAUUUAACCGCCUCAGUUUUGGUGGUCCCCGAUUAUUUUUCAGGAACGGGUCAAGUGCUUGGUAAGCUUCCGCAGUUGCCGAGUGGGAGCGGAAAAUGGUGGAAGGAAAAUAAAAGAGAAGGGACAGAGUCGCCAAUUGCGUAUUGGGAGUGGUUAGUGACUCUGUGUGUAGAGGAAAGAGUAAUCUGUCAAUCCUCCGAGCUCAACGGGCAAUUGAGUAUUCUUGAUCUACGUUGCAUCUGACAUAUUUGACUGUAGGUAUGAAUAUUCCAACUUGAUGCGUUAGGGGAUGGGAAGUUGUGGAGAUCAUUACGAUUUUGAUGAGUGGACGUACCCCGCUGCUAUGGGCAAGAUCAGAAAUUCAGGAGGACACGAAAAUUUCCCAUGCGGCGACGUUCAGAAUCAACAAACAAGAUCACACGAUGGCGAAUAUGAUACGCUCUGUCUCAGAGGACCCAGCGUUCUCUUCGCAGGCUACAAAGUCCCCCACCUGCUGGAACCUCGCUUCGUCCUCCGAAUCCAAACUAAUGGCUGCAUACCCCCCUCUCAAGCUUCAGGAGGCAUGCCGGCAAGUCAUUGCCAUCAUCACUGACUUACAGCAGAAGUUCAACAAAGAGUUUGAGAUGAAGGAAAUAGAUGAAGUUGGUGCUCGUCUUGGUGUUGGGUUGGGUCCAUAUGGCGAGACCCUUGGCUCAAGAGGCAUUGGGAUUUCGGUGGCUCAUGGACAAGCAGAAGAAUAUUCACUCCCUCACUUAUUGUAAUUUGAACCAAAGGUUGCAGUAUUAAUCCGCAUCGAUGCUCGACACAAUGGACCUCAGCG